AUGGACGUUGCUGCAAAUGUUACGAAUGAAGUUUCCAAGAAACCGCGCGGAACUACGCGCCACUCGCGCCCAUACACGCUGUAUAGUUAUACUCAUCGCAAUUUGAAGAUCAAAUACCGCGAAUUUGGAAGUAGCUGGCAAAAGAAAUCAUGUUACUGCGUCAUGUUCUAUGAGUGGGCACGGUAUAUCAUCGCUUAUGAACCGCGCACAUCUGUACCGCUUCCUCUGUCUUUACUUAAAACAGCGCAGAGUCAUCCUAUGUUGGUGGAGUUGAAAAAUGGCGAAACAUACAACGGACACCUGGUGAGCUGUGACACCUGGAUGAAUAUUAACCUGCGGGAGGUCAUCUGCACUUCAAAAGACGGCGAUAAGUUUUGGCGUAUGCCCGAAUGCUACAUCCGGGGCAGCACCAUAAAAUAUUUGCGUAUUCCGGACGAAGUGAUAGACAUGGUGAAGGAGGACAUGCAGGCGAAAUCACGGAACCGAGCCGAAAUGAACAAGGGUGGACGGAACCAGAAUCAGGGUCGCGGAGGGGGUGGUGGCGGAGGUGUUGGCGGAGGCGGCGGUGGACGCAAUAAUAUGAACGCCAACAAUCGAAACACCUUUGGCGGCAACCGAGGCGGCAAUCGGGCCGGAUUGGGGAACCCGAAUCGAAAUGCACAGAACAAGAAAUAA